AUGGAUAGAGGUGGUAAAAAGGGUAUUUAUCAGGGAAUGGAUAGAGGUGGUAAAAAGCGUAUCUAUGGAAACCUGGGUGGUACUUCUCCACACGCAGGGGGACGGGAUGAGAGAUCUGUCUCCAGCCCAGCAACAGCACGACGAUGGAUUCCUCCUAGUAGCGUGAAACGAGAUGUUCUCACCCAUGAUGAAAAACAUGAUACUGUUUUUAGAAAGGUCAGAGGAAUCCUCAAUAAAUUGUCACCUGAAAAAUUUGAUAAGUUAAGCCUAGAACUUCUAAAUGUAGGAAUUGAAUCACAAGUCAUUCUUAAAGGGAUAAUCCUCCUGAUCUUUGAAAAGGCUCUUGAUGAGCCAAAAUAUAGUUCUGUGUAUGCAAAAUUAUGUCAUCAAUUAUGUGAAGACGCACCAAACUUUGAACCCCCGGACUCGACUAUAUCGACCUUUCGUAGACUGCUUUUAAACAAGUGCCAGGAUGAAUUUGAGAACAGGUCAAAGGCCAGUAAUGCCUUUGACAAAGAUGGACAGUUGUCGGAGGAGGAGCUGGAACAAUAUCACAUUGCCAAGAGAAAGAUGCUUGGAAAUAUCAAGUUCAUUGGUGAACUUGGUAAGCUGGAAAUGCUUCACGAGGGCAUCUUGCACCGCUGCAUCAAACAGCUACUUGAGAAGAAAAAGAAUCUGCCCAUCCAGGAGUCGGCGGAAGACUUGGAGUGUCUCUGUCAGAUAAUGACAACUGUUGGUCGACGCCUUGACACGCCCAAAGCCAAGGCAUGGAUGGAUCAAUAUUUUAGUAGAAUAAAACAGUUUUCUGGUAUACAAGAGUUGCCGUCAAGAAUUAGAUUUAUGCUUCAGGAUGUAAUAGAGCUUAGAGAUAAUAAAUGGAAGGCUAGACAUAUUGGUUGGGAAGGUCCAAAAACAAUUACACAGAUUAGGCAAGAGGCUGCUGAUGAGACAGGUGUAUAUAUUCCGCAACAGAACAGAAUGGGAGGUCCAAGACCCCCUGUGCAGAUGAAUGGCAGUUUGGGGGCACCCUGGAAGCCUGGUGCAGCUCCAACAGGGCCUCCUGGAUCUUUUGGCGACUUUUUUGGCAUGCCUCCAACAGGGAUGAUGGGGGGAUUAGGAACUGGUCCUGGGGUUAUACAGAUGGAUGGGUACAUACCCAACUAUAGCAAUAAACCCAGAGGUAACCAGCACAAUCAGGGUUAUAACAGUUACCAGAAACGACCGCCACCCACUGAUGGUGGUGGCGGGGGCUCUCCUAGAGCCCAGAGACACAACUUUCAGAAUCAGCAGCAGCAGGGUGGUCGCCUGUCACCCCAGCAACAAGGUCAAUCGCCACAGGGAUCUCCAGUGGGACAACAACAGUUUCAGCAGAAAAAACCUAGUAAUCUACCUCCUCGACUAGCCAAAUUACAACAACAGCAAUUACAACAACAACAGCAAGCCCCACCUCCACCCUCACAACAACAAGCUAUGAUGAUGAUGCAGGACGGACAGAUGCCCAUACCUCUACCCAACACAGCUGUCCCGCCCCCACCCCUACCUAAACAAGAGGAGAUAAGCCUGAGACCCAACAGAAACUUUACAACUGCCCUGCGACCAAGUGUCCCUACAAUGUUGCCCAAAUCAGCACAGGCUGCCCCUAGCACAGGUUCCCCAUUGAUGACUGGGAACCCAUCUAUGAUGGAUCAGAGAGUUAACAGUCUGAAUCCACUGUUGGCUAAACAAGCUGCUGUGACAAUCAAGGAGGUACCAAAGGAGAAAUUGAAUCCCCCCAAGAAGAAGUCUCAGCAGCCAAAUAAGGAUGAAAUUCAGAAAACAGUGAAAAGUACAUUGAUUGAAUAUUUGGAAGGUGGUUCAAUGCAAGAUGCUCUCACAACCAUAAAGGACUUGAACCCUCCAAAGAAGUAUAUGCCAGAAAUGCUGACUGAUAUGAUGACAAGUACUGUAGAUAAAUCUGAUACAGACAGGGAGAAUGUGAUGAAGCUUGUGAUGGCAUUGAAGUCAGAGAACCUCACCACUUCCUCACAUUUUAUGGAUGGUUACAAGUCGGUACUAGAACAGAUGGCAGGUAUGGAGACUGAUGUUCCGCUGAUAAAGACGUAUGUGGCAAGGUUUGGAGCAUUUGCCGUUACAGAGUGUAUAGUCACACUACAAGAGCUUGCUGAACCUAUGGAACAGGGGACAUACUACCCUCUGUUUCUACUAUGUCUUCAACAAAUGCUGAAACGGAAAGACAAAGACUGGGUUGUGAAUGUAUUUAAUGAGAGCAAAAUGGACCUUCAAAAUAUGCUUCCUGAAGUAGAUCGAAGCAAGGAGAGAAUGAUGGAAAUUUUAGAGGAGAGAGGUUUAAGCUUUAUGUUCCCGUUGUUACGUGUACAGUCAGAGCUGUGGAAGCAAAUACAGGCUGAACCAUCGGCCACGGCUGUGUUUAGGUGGAUCAAGGAAACAGUGAACACAGACCUUCAUCAAACACCAGCUUUCAUCAAUGUCCUUUCUACCAGUGUGUUGCGUUAUGUGACAUCAGAAAGCACUCUAGGUGAAGGAUGUGACCCUAAAAGCAACCCUAGCAAGGCAUUGCAGGAGAAAGAAAAACAGUUACUCGAUAAAAUGAAGGUACAGGGUUCAUAUACAUUGAUUAGACAUGAAUGAGAUCACUUAAGGCAG